GGAGAGAAAAAGACCCUUCUGAAGUAAAGGAGGAAAGGUAUGAUUGAAAAUGGGCCUACAGCCUUCUCUUCUCACCCCAAUGCCUCUCUUCCCCACCAAACUCUUCGUACCAUUACAACCAAAAAACCUUGUCUAACAAUUUUUGCAAAGGCUUUGAUAAGUUAACCCAGGACAGUCUGUCUGUAAAAAGCAAUACCUUUUAUCUGCCAAAUCAACUAAAAAUGUCUUUCAGGCAGAAGUCAUUAAUUAGGUCAACAAACUUGGGAUCUGCUUCCCUUUGUGGACAGUUACACAACAGUGCCUCGUUGAGGUUCUUGGCCCGAUAUUCUCUUCGUGCCUCAGUCCUGUAAACAGGGUGAACUUUAUUUAGCUGUUUCAGCUUUCCUGGAAGGGUGCCUGAAUUUAACCACAAGAAAGCAAGUAAAAAGGAGUGGCGGAAUGAGAGAGCCAAGUGAGAGACACAGAGAGACAAAGAGAAAGGGUGCAGGGUCUGGGAGUAUGGAGUGACAAAGGUGGUCUCAGAAUUGAGUAUUGGUGGCAGACGCCUGGAAUUUCUGUGAAUGCUCUCAGAAUCUAGAAAUGCUGAGUAAACCGGGGGAGGGAGGAGGCUAGAGAGGUGGGAGAAAGGCCCCAGGGUGGGGGUGGAGGCCUGGUUGGUUUUCAGUAAACACUGAACAGUACCGGGAAGAGAGGAAAUGAGGCCAGCCGAUUGCGCGAGCAGUUGCAAUGCUCUUCCACACGCACUGCAACUUUUCACAAAAGACAGAUGCUGCUUCACGAUCUUGUUAGCAUAGAAACCGCACUCCUACUUUUCAAUCUUUCCUCUGCAGACAGUCUCCGACUUCCAGGAGAACCCCCAAAGGAGAGGUAGAGACGACCUCUAAAAUUACCAAAAAGCUUACCCAGCGAGAGAAACUACAAGUCCCAGGAGGCAGUGCUGCCUCGGCCAAACGCGGACAGACCCGCCGAAGAAACUGCAACUCCCAGGAUGCAGUGCUGCUCGGACCCCCGAGCAUCUCUUUGAGGAUGCUGUCCUUGGCUGUCCCUGGGGAAGUUGGAUCAGGGUCGGCGCUGCAUGCUGGGAGCCAGACCUAGGACCGGAUUGGUUGCGAUUUGUCCGCGAUCGUCGUUUCCCCACGCUGGCCUGUGGUACUGUGGCACUGGGAGAAGGCAAGGGCAGCUGCGCGUUUCCUGUGGACGGAAGUGGGCGGCUGACUCAGGGCGUGCCCGCCUCGCCAGGAAACUACUAAACUUCCUGGUGGAAGCAAAGUAGAAUUUCAUAAGAACAUAAUGGAUGGAGAAGAGAAAACCUAUGGUGGCUGUGAAGGCCCUGAUGCCAUGUAUGUCAAGUUGAUAUCUUCGGAUGGUCAUGAGUUUAUUGUAAAAAGAGAACAUGCAUUAACAUCAGGAACAAUAAAAGCCAUGUUGAGUGGCCCAGGUCAAUUUGCUGAGAAUGAAACUAAUGAAGUCAAUUUUAGAGAGAUCCCUUCACAUGUGCUAUCAAAAGUGUGCAUGUAUUUUACUUACAAGGUUCGCUACACUAACAGCUCCACGGAGAUCCCUGAGUUCCCAAUUGCACCUGAAAUUGCACUGGAACUGCUGAUGGCUGCGAACUUCCUAGAUUGUUAAAUAAAAUAAAUUAUAAUAAACUGUUAACUUUUUUCAGUAUUUAAUACCUGUAGUUCAGUUAGUAAUUUUUUCAUAUAUAGCAUGUUGCCUGUGUGCAGUGGAACUUGAAAGUUCAUUGCGGUGCAGGUUAUCUUCUGUUCUUUUGCAUAGCAGUCAGAGUUGAAAUUCGUUUGCUGCAUCAACAAAUUAAGGACAUUUUCACAAAUUGAGAAAUAAACAAAUAUGCCAGUUCGUAGAUAGUUUUGCCUUAUCCUUUGGAUGUGAUUUUUUAAAAUUAGAGUGGUGGUGAUAACAGUAAAUACUGAAAUUUAGGCAUAAAUGAACACGUUCUACAGGUAAAUAAUGGGGCUACGUAUUUUAUGUUUUUAGUGUUUUUUUAAAAACCUAUUCUGAUCUUAUAGCCGUCGUUAGCAUUACUAGAAUUAUGCAAACAAUUGCAUUAUAAACAUGUUUAUAACUUAGCCAAAUAUUGAUUUUUAUAACUGUCAAAGACAUAAGAGUUGAAAUUUCUUAUGUGUCUUUUGAUAAACUGCAGUAUUGUUUAAGUAUAUCUUGUCUUUUUGUUUAUUGCUACAAUUUAAGAACUUUAUUUAAAAGCAAUUUUGGACGAUUACCAGGUACAGCUUUUGGAGCACUGACUUUUUGAACUGUAGCCACGUGGUCAACCAGUAAACUACAUGACCUUGAUUUCAUGUACACUGUACAUUUUGGCCAAUCCAAAGUACUGUACUUUCAUUGACUAUAAAGCUUCCUUUGCAAUAUUCAUUAUUUUUACAUAGUCUCUUGUUGUGAUUACACUUCUGAUUAUUUAACUAUGUCUUAAAAGACUCACUAUGAACUUCAUCCAGAUCUUAAAAGCUAGACUUUUCUGAACUAUUCUAGUCUUCCUGCAUCCAACUGAAAUGUUAUAAACCAUGAAAACCAUAUGGAGAGAUGCAGUGCAAAUCUUAUAAGGCACUUUGAUAUAAUAUAUGAAUUAUCUUCUAUUAAUUAAAGUAUGUCCCUAAAAAUAGGAUGCCCAUAAUCUGUGGGUCUUCUACUGAA